UAAAUCAAAGCCUUCGUCUGCGCACGCGACUGUGCGUCAAGCGAAGUAAUUUUAUCACGAUUCGCGUUUUUUUUUUUUGAUUUGAAUUUCGAACCGAUGAUAAUAAAUCUGUUAAAGUUAUAAUUAGUGCUAUAUUGUAUUCAGUCGAAAUGGGAAGAUCAAUAACAUUUAUGCUGCUGGCGGUGUUCGUAUCGUACGCAAACUCCGCACCACAAUUCAUAACAUUCAAGGAAGGAAAGUUAGGAGUCAACUUUGGUGGUUAUCAUGCUGGUGUUGGCCUCGGUGGCUUAUUAGGUGGUGGUGCUGCCGGUGGACUGUACGCUGAGGCUGGUACCCCUCACGGUCAAUCUGCAAGAGCUGGUCUCGGUGGAGUAGCAAGUGAAAAUGGAGGAACAUCAGGUGGCCUGUAUGCGGGGGCAACUGCUGGUGGAAACAUCAAGGCAUCAGCUGGCCUCGCUGGAGGAGUCAACUCUGAAAAUGCAGCAGGAGCAGGAUAUGCUUCAGCUCAAGCUGGCAACCGUUAUGCGGCUUCAGGAAUGGCAGGUGAAUCUUCAGCAGGAGGAACAUCAGAAAUUUUAUUUUCCGGCACUCAGGAUGUCGUUCCAUUACAUCCCGUUCAUGUGAAACCAGUACACAAAAAAAUUCAUACAGAGUUUAAUUUUGAUUCUCUCAAUGAAGUACAACCUCUGCCAAAAGCACCUGAAGUGCACACAGAAGUUAAGACUGAAAUCGAAAAAAAAGUUAUCCAUGAAAACGUACAACCAGUCAUCGUUAAAGAAGUUUAUGUUGAACCCAAAACAAAAGUCGUUGAAAAAGAAAUAGUACAUACGCAUUAUAAGCCCCGUCGGCAUCAUUUCCGCAAAACGGCUUUCCUUGGCGGAUAUAUUGGAGGUCAGGGAGAUAUUGUUGGACCGACUGUAUAUAAAAAUGUAGAGCCACAGAUUCAAAAAAGAAUAGAUGCCGAUGCUGAAUCAUCUGCUAAUGCUGGUGCCGCGGUAGAAGGAGGUUUUAAUGGUGGAGCAGGAGGCAGCCAUGUAUAUACAAAACAAGUAACUUUUCAAAGAAAUCCUAAUUUCUUUGCAGACAUAUUUAAUAUUCCUAUAUCAACACUAAAGGCUGUUGGUAAUUUUCUAGGAAACACGGCGGCUAAUACUAAUAUUUCUGUGCAAAAGAGUGCAACAGUACAAGCAGAGUCAGACACGAAAUCCCUUUCAAACGAUCCAUCACUGUCAUCAUCAUCAUCUUCUUCCUCAUCAGCUCAUGUCUCUGUUGAAACACCGAGUGCAUCAAAAUUCUUUGACGAUAUUUUAGCUAUACCCAUCAACACACUCGGUGCUGUUAAUAAAUUUCUAGAGAAUAAUGUUGCGAAUAAGAAAACUGUUCAGGUAGCUGAGGAUGGAACAGUCGAACCGGUAAGGUCUAGGCGUGGACCUCAUGCAAGAAGACGAGCUAAUAAACAAGUAAUUGUUAUUCAAGAGGAGAAUCCAGAGGCAUCUGAAGCAGUUAAUUAAGACACAUUUGAGGUGAAGUUGUAAUUGUAUAUGAUAUUAUCGCCUAUUGAAGUGCAAUAUAAGUAUUUUUUUUUACG